GGAGAUGCCGAAGGCAUCAUCACAUCAUCCUCCUUUCCCGCGCUUGCGGCCCGCUACAAACCAGCUAAUCAGACGAUUGUUUUUUUUGCAGCGGCACGGCGGGUUGGACAGGAUGCCGAGGCUUUGGCUCUAUGCAAAAUGCUGGUGGAGCGCGGCAUUGACAUCAACCAUGGUGAUGAGUUAGAUCAAACCGCCCUCUUUUACGCUGCGCGUCAGGGACAUGCGACUACCAUCAGGUACCUAAUCAGUAAAGGUGCCGACCCGAACGUGGUGGACAAGAAUGGGGACACGGCGAUGUUCUUUGCCGUCCUCAACAAACGCAUCGCUGCGGUAAAGGCGCUGCUGGAAGGCGGGGCACUUUUGGAAGUGGUCAACAACUGGCACCAUACCUGCAUAAGUGCCGCCCCCGCCGAAGUCCUGCCUGUUCUACAGGAGGAAUGCAAGAAGCGACGAAAUUAUGACGAAUCAGGUCCAGGGCCGAAGCGCCGACGGACACCAGUCGAACAACUGCGUGCUUGGGCUGACGAAUGGCCGAUCAAGGAGCGAGUUGUCGGCAAGGAAAUCCAUUUCUGCCCAGAGGAUGUUGUCGCUGUCAAGAGCACCGGCCUGCAGAGCACUGGCAACACUGGAGAAUAUGUAGUUCUCCGCAAGUGCCCUGCAGAGUCUGCAGCAAGACUGCGAGUAUCGGAGAAACACUUCGUAGCAGACCACGCCCUGAUGAUGAACAAAGAGCCAUGGUUUAGACAUCUCAAGCCAGAGGACUGGUGCCAGCACCUGGGCGUCAUCACAGACGCCGGCAAUGCAGUCGAAGGCAUCAAGGACGUGGUGACUGGCAACAACCGCUCGCAAUUCACCUUGCCUUUGGUGCAGACGGGGACCGGGUGUAUUGCGGGGUAUGUGCAUGCGGCCUAUUCUUCCGAAGAACAAGAGCUAAGCAUCGCGCAUGUGAAGGUUGACGAGGAGCACAUGGGCCAAAGUCUUGGCGGAAUGCUAAUUGAUGCUGCAGAACAGCACAGCGAGAGUAAUUGAAGUCAUAGAGUCAUAUCGGGUCAUAGAGAUUCUACAAUCCAAAAGAUAGCGAGCAGCUGGGCAUGAAGUGGUUCCACCUUGUUUGUUAGGCAUCGAUCCUAGCUUCAAGGUUCACCCAUGUUACAGGAACCAUUUUCUCGUUGUCGCCCCAAGGCAUUGGCUGGAAAUGUCGGCACACGUCUCUCAGCGUGCUGAAAGCAAAUGAUCGGGCGCUAAAGUGUUACAAGAAAGCGGGAUUCCGCUUUGUAUCUGGCAUUGCUGCCAGUUGGGGCAAAAAGAAAUUGCGUGUGUGGUCCGAGUGGCAGAAGCUUCGCAAGGUCCACAAAUCUGCCUUGAAGUGAGUACCCUUUUGAUCGCUUUGAUCUGAAAGAUGCUUGAAAA